UCACCUUGCCUUUUUUUUCUAAUCAUAUCUGCAUACCAAUCACAUUUCUUUCGGGAAAGCAAAACAACUAUACCCAUGGGCACUCCUCACUUCCACGAAGCGAAUUUGUUAAUCCCUUUCCGCAAGUAUAUAGCUCGCUCACUCUCUCACGGAGCUCGUAACAAAGUCUUCACUCAUCACAUGAGCUUGGCUGAGACUGCGAGCCGCGCACGGUGUUCAUCGGUAAUGGAAGAGGAGGGAGCGCUGUCCCCGGCGUCCGACGCCUGCACCACCUGCAGCAGCUCCGGCGGCGGCUCGGGGCCCGGCUCCCCCGUCGCGUCGUCGCCGUCGGCUUCUCUGGACGACUCCGGUGCCGCCAGCGCGGCGAGCAGCCGGAAGCGGCGGCCGCGCCGGGAGCUGAAGCACCCGGCGUACCGCGGCGUGCGCAUGCGGGCGUGGGGCAAGUGGGUGUCCGAGAUCCGGGAGCCCCGCAAGAAGUCGCGCAUCUGGCUCGGCACCUUCGACACCCCCGAGAUGGCCGCGCGCGCGCACGACGUCGCCGCGCUCGCCAUCAAGGGCCGCGCCGCGCACCUCAACUUCCCGGAGAUGUCCCACGAGCUGCCCCGCGCGGCCUCCGCGGCGCCCGAGGACGUCCGCGCCGCGGCGGCGCUCGCGGCCGCGAUGGAGAGCGCGGCGCCCGCCGCGCCUAGCGAUUCUAGCCACCACGGCGCCGCCGGCAGUGACGAGGACGAAGAGCCCGCAGCAUCUGCCUCACCCGGCCACGACGACGCUGGCAAUGCCGGAGACGAAGAGAAGGCGGCGUCGUUGUCUGAAUAUGCGGCGGUGCACCCGGAUGGCCUCGUUCUAGAUCUCGCGCUCCUCGAGCUGCCCGACGUUCUGCUCGAGUUCGGCUUCGAGGUCGCGUUGCCGCCAACGACGCCUUGUUGCUACGAUUUGUCCUGGGACGAGCCGUUGCUGCUGUGGGAGCACUGACGUCAAGAGGGGGAAACUUGGCAAGCAUAUUCAAUGUAAAGUUAGAUAGAGUUGUGGCUGAUGAUCCACAUGCUGGAGUUACCGAGCACUAUAAUUCGAUCUGUUUCUGCGUCAACGGUGAUGCAAACUUACACAUGAUGUCCAAGUAACCAAGUCCAGCAUGAUUACAAAUACACAGUUUUUUUUUAAAACGGAAAAUACACAGUUAUUGGUUCACACAUUUGUAACAACCAAGUAGAUCUCAGUAGUUAACUUUCCUGCUCGUGAUCAAGAUUCCACGGCUUGGCCAUUCAUGGUACUGACAUUUAUUUUCUUCAUCUUUUUCCAAAUGGAAAAAAGAUAGAAGGGCUUGUAUUUAGAAUGUUAUUUAUGUCUGUCAAUAUUCAGAUUGUACUACUUGGCGCAUGCCUACUGUAAAUUAUUGAAUGCCCAUUUGCUAAAAUCUGGAAGCUCAGAAGAAAUGGAACGCC